AUGUCAAUAAAUAUAUUAUUAGUUGUAAUUAUAAUUAUAUUCAUAAAUUUUGGCGUUUGUGAGAAAGUUUUCAAGAGCGUUCCUGUCGUUUUCAAGAUUUACGAAAAUGAAUCUGUGCUACUGCCGUGUUAUAUACAAGAUAAUGAGACUGUGACUCGAGUGAAAUGGUACAAGAACAACCGUCUACUUGGUGACACGCUGGACCAACACACUUUGUUACCUAGCAGGAUGUAUUUGCACAGGAAUUACAGUCUGCAAAUUGACAGCUUGAGAGGACACGAUACAGCUGAUUAUACCUGUGAGGUGAUAAGACAAGAGCCAUUAGGACCUAUAAAGCAGUCACAUUCUAUUGAAGUCCAAUGUUCACCAUCAGUGAGAACGAUUCCAGAAGAAGGAUUCCUUGAGGUGCGUAAAGGCGAGUACGUGGACAUCGGAUGCGAGGCCUCAGGGACGCCUAAACCCAAUUUUGAGUGGAGGAAAAAUGGUGAAGCUAUGGCACUUUUAGAACAUCGAUCACGCAUCAGAUUUAGAGCGGAACAUCGCCUGCUGGCCGGAGUUUACGAAUGUAUCGCAGACAAUGGCGUCGGAGAUCCUGUCAAGGCGGCCAUCAGAGUGAUCAUUCAAGAUGCACCAGUAGUAUCUGCGGCGCGUACAUUCGUGCACACGGCGAUAGGGCUCCGCGCGGCGCUCCAGGCGAGGCUGGACUUUGCCGCGCCGCCUGCGAAGACCGCAUGGUUUAGAGACGGAAGACCGGUCAAGACUGAUGAUAGGAUCAUUAUUAUGGGUCACGAGAAUUCUCAUCAGUUAAUAUUUAGGACUGUGAGGAAAUCUGAUUUAGGGAAUUAUACAUUCCGAGCGGAGAAUAAGUUGGGAAUGGCGGAUGUAUCAUUUAAACUUACUGGUGUACCAAAUGUUGCAUCGUUCAAAGUUGAUCCAGUGUUAAAUAAAGCGACAUCAACUAGUUUCACACUUAUAUGGGAAGUGGAUUCAUAUUCAACGAUUAUUGAGUACAAUCUUUGGAUCCGACCAUACUAUGGCAGUCGUACUCCAUACGACCCUGACUCUGUGUCAACUGUAGGACCCGAUUACUUCUGGAGCAAGAUCGUUGUACCUGGAGACUCUAUUGACGGUCCAAUCCACAGCGCAAGUUAUACAGUUAGGGGACUGACACCAUCUACUGUGUAUGAAGCGACUGUUACAUCUAGAAACAGAUUCGGAUGGAGUAAGACGUCGGCGGUUCUACAUUUUGCGACUGAACCCGGAGUGGGUCGUAUUCUCCCCGUAACACUAGAUUACAAAGACAUAACUCCGACAUUAGAAGAACCGGAAUCAGAACAACCAGAGAACAUCACUCAAGCGCAUGUUUUCGAACGUCUCAACGAAAUGCCAAUGUCAGACGAGGGAGCGCGGGAAAGAUUAAACGUCAUCGCAAUUUUAUUUUUGACAUCUACUGUUAUUUGUUUAAGUUAAUUAAGAUAAUUUUUAAGAG